CCAGCCGGCUGGGGGAGAUGCCGCCCCGCAGUGACUGACAGCAGGACCAGCUCUAUGCAAAUGGCGCCGGGGGCUCUGCCGGGGCUCUCUCCACACGCGCCGCCGCCUCUCGCCUCCCGCUCCCCGUAACGCGCCCUGCCUCGCACAAAGCAAUUGUUGCUUUUUUGGGGGGGACGUCGUUACACCUAAAAUCAUCUCCAGCACGGUUUCAGUUUGAGAUUGUGUGAGGGAGCUGGGAGAUGUGUCAGAGCUUGUUACUCCAGCUAAAUUAGGUAAUUUUUAGCUGGGUAACGUGCUAAUCUUUAAACCUUUAUGUUUUUAAAUCCUGCAUAUGUCUGGUCUCUUCAUACAAAAGUGUAUUUUGCUUGUUUCUUCUCGCCUUCUUCAGUCUGAAGCCUUAUGUAGGUCAGGCUUGGCUUAAGCAGAUUUCCUGAACCUGCGUCAGCUUAAGCUGAAGGAAUUUUAAUAAACCCUCCCUUGUAGGCGUGGGCCUAAAUGAGACUAGCCUAGUUAAGCCUGAUCUUUUUCUGUUUGUGAAAAAGAGCUGAGCAGAGCUAGGGACUGCAUGGUGGCUCCAGGAACGGCUUCCUUAAUUCAAAGAUAACAAUGGUUGGGAAGGCCAGAUCUUCUAAUUUUACCUUAUCUGAAAAGCUCGAUUUGCUAAAACUCGUGAAGCCGUAUGUUAAAAUUCUCGAGGAACAUACCAAUAAGCAUUCUGUAAUAGUGGAAAAAAACAAAUGCUGGGAUAUUAUAGCUGAUAACUACAAUGCCAUCGGAGUAGAUCGCCCUCCUCGUACUGCACAGGGCCUGCGCACGCUGUACAAGAGGCUCAAAGAAUAUGCCAAACAGGAGCUAUUGCAGCAAAAGGAGACUCACUCAGAUUGUAAAAGCAGCAUUUCCGAGCCAACCAAGAAAGUUGUGGAAAUGAUUCCACAGAUUUCCAAUGUGUGUUUAAGAGACAGGAGCGGUGUUCAAAGUGCUAGUAUCGAUAAAGAAACAAUUGCUGGUACCAGUUCACCACAGGCAAUGUUGGAUCACCAUCCUGCGGCAGUCAUGAUGGACUUGCAGUCGGAAGAGGAUGUCAAACCUCCUCCUUCUCUGAUUAUAGACUCACAGCAAAAUGAGAACUUAGAGCAAGAGGAAGAACACCAGCUGGUGCACAUUAUGGAAAGGUCUCCUUCAACAUCAGUGUCUUCAGUUGAUAUGAGAGUGAUGAUGUCUCCUUCCCCUGUACCAAGAAGAGAUGAGUUUUUUAGGCUUGAGGUUGGAGAACGCUUUAGACCGAUGUGUGGAUAUGACCCACAGAUGUUACAAAUGCUGAAAGAGGAGCAUCAAAUUAUAUUAGAAAACCAAAGAAAAAUUGGUCUUUAUGUCCAAGAAAAAAGGGAUGGUUUGAAAAGAAAGCAGCAACUGGAAGAAGAACUGUUGCGAACAAAAAUCAAAGUAGAGAAGCUGAAGGCAAUACGACUACGUCGUGAUCUGCCAGAAUACAGCAAUAUCUAAAUGUUUUAUUACUUCUGUCAUAUUUUUUGAAAUACUUAAUCAUAAAUGCAAAAUUGUUUCUUAUGUAAAUAUGUAUGGAUCAAAAUCUGGGCUUGAGACAUGAAAGCAUACGUUGUUUAAGUACCUUAGAAAAAUACCUCGUAUGGUUUUGAAUGCACCAACUUUUCUGGUCUAAAGUAUAGUCAAAUCCAAGUUUAAGUGUUUAGAUUGAUAAAAAUCCAAACUUUAAAAAUAUUUCCACUUAUCUCUAGAGUUGUGAUGAGCUAAUGGAAAUUUAAUUCAGUUCUUGUUAAAAAUUUUGGUCAUUAUUUUUCAGUUCUUGGUUAAAAAUUAUGGUCAUUAUUUUUCAAAUAAUCACCUUUAAUAUCUUAAUGAAGUUGCAGGUAAAUAAAUGCAUAUAAGAAGGUGAAAUAAGAGGCCAUGUUUAAAUGUUUUAUUCUUUUAAAGUUGGUAAAUCUUAUGACAGUAGUGACAUUUUGCUGAUAUAUCAGCUUGGAAAACAAAAUUACUGGAUUGUUAUAUUUUUUUAAUGUUCAGUAGACAGUUGAAUAAAUGUGCAUCUUUUUAAAAGUUAAUACUUUUUAACUGUUUCCAGUGGAGAAGUGUUUCCAUAGGAUGUUAUCAAAAUAGAGACAAUGAAUGCAACACUUGGUUUUUAAAGCUGCAUGCAUGUGUAAUUUGUGUGUACAGUUACCAUGAUUGUGUAUUCAGUUAUAGUAAUUAUACUGGUGAUCAACCACAUAAAUAUCUACUUUGCUCAUUUGCAUGCAUAAUUACUGCAGUGCAUGUGCAACCAAGACAGUUGCAGGUGCCUUUGAUCAAUAUCAUUCUGACUAUAAGCUACUGAAAUAAAAUAGUUUCUGUAUGUAAGUAACAUGUGACUUGAAAUCAACAGAAGAUUGUAUUAUUCUGGGUCCCUUUUAUAGAUCCUGUUGUUCCAAUCUUUCGAUUAGUUUCAAAUAAAAAGCCCCAAAUGAAAACAAAA